GGUUUAAUUUUGUAUAUUUAUAAUCCUAGGUUGCUUUGCUUCGCCUUAAACGUAGUUUGUUGUUGCGUACAAUAGUCCUGGUCCAUCACUUAUAUAUUUUUUCACUUUCUGCUGUGGGGUUCUUGUGAUUUUCCUGCGUAUUUUGAGAUAAAUAAGUUUCUAUAUAAACAUCAAAAAUGGUGAAGAUCUGUUGCAUUGGAGCUGGCUAUGUUGGGGGCCCAACCAUGGCGGUUAUUGCGCUCAAGUGCCCCAAGAUUGAAGUAACUGUUGUGGACAUCUCAGUUCCAAGGAUCACAGCUUGGAACAGCGAUCAGCUCCCUAUUUAUGAACCCGGUCUUGAUGAGGUGGUGAAGCAGUGCAGAGGGAAGAACCUCUUCUUCAGUACUGAUGUUGAGAAACAUGUCUCAGAGGCAGACAUAAUUUUUGUUUCAGUUAAUACCCCAACAAAAACUCAAGGCCUUGGCGCCGGCAAAGCUGCAGACCUUACAUAUUGGGAGAGUGCAGCUAGAAUGAUAGCUAAUGUAUCGAAGUCUGACAAGAUUGUUGUCGAGAAAUCGACAGUACCUGUGAAAACAGCUGAGGCCAUUGAAAAAAUCCUGACUCACAAUAGCAAGGAAAUCAAAUAUCAAAUUCUCUCAAACCCGGAAUUUCUUGCUGAGGGUACUGCCAUACAGGACCUUUUUAAUCCUGACAGGGUUCUCAUUGGAGGCAGAGAAACUCCUGAUGGCCAAAAGGCAAUUCAAGCAUUGAAACAUGUUUAUGCUCAUUGGGUGCCUGAAGAUAGGAUCAUCACAACCAACCUCUGGUCAGCUGAGCUCUCCAAACUAGCUGCCAAUGCCUUCCUGGCUCAAAGGAUUUCUUCAGUCAAUGCUAUGUCAGCUCUCUGUGAGGCUACCGGUGCUGAUGUUACUCAGGUUUCUCAUGCUGUUGGGAAGGACUCGAGAAUUGGAUCCAGGUUUCUAAACGCGAGUGUUGGUUUUGGUGGCUCUUGCUUUCAGAAGGAUAUACUGAACUUGAUAUACAUCUGUGAGUGCAAUGGCCUCACAGAAGUUGCUAACUACUGGAAACAAGUUAUUAAGGUGAAUGACUACCAAAAGAACCGUUUCGUGAAUCGGAUUGUUUCUUCCAUGUUUAAUACUGUUUCAGGCAAGAAGAUUGCUGUUCUGGGUUUCGCCUUUAAGAAGGACACAGGCGACACAAGGGAAACUCCAGCUAUUGAUGUCUGCAAUGGGCUGCUGGGCGACAAAGCUCGCUUGAGCAUAUAUGACCCGCAGGUCACAGAGGAUCAAAUUCGAAGAGAUCUUUCAAUGAACAAGUUUGAUUGGGAUCAUCCAAUUCACCUCCAGCCGGCGAGCCCCUCUGCAGUGAAAAGAGUGAACGUGGUUUGGGAUGCAUAUCAGGCAACAAAGGAUGCUCAUGGGGUCUGCAUUCUUACUGAGUGGGAUGAAUAUAAGACACUGGAUUAUCAAAGGAUUUAUGAUAACAUGCAAAAACCCGCAUUCAUAUUUGAUGGGCGAAACAUUUUGGAUGGUGCAAAGCUAAGGGAGAUUGGAUUCAUAGUUUACUCAAUUGGGAAGCCAUUGGAUCCAUGGCUCAAAGACACAAUUUCUAUGGCAUAAGAUAGAGUUUCAUCGCAUGGGGUCUAAAGCUCAGGAAUGGAGAUCUUAUUCAUUUUUAUAUAUUUUUUUUUUUCCAAUUUCUGGUGAUUAUGGCUUUAAAAUCAUAUUAUUUGUUGUCUUGCUCUAAAAUCAUAGUAUUUGUUGUCUUACCAGAAAUUUAAUACCUAGUAAUUUGCUGUUACAAGAAUAAAAGAUAAAUGAUUUUGCAAAAAUAAUGGUAAUAGAA